ACCAAUGAAAAUAUGGGCAGCACUCGACUCCCAGUUUUGGGGGGCUCGCUAUAAAGCCGGUCUAUGGAAAGGUUUUAAUUUCAUUCUGCAAAUACAUUGCAUAUAACAACAAUACAGUCUACUGCUGCGUGAAAACUGUUCAGACGUUAUAAAGGUGUUGCUUUACAAUGGAUCCCAAAUCGUAUGUAGUCCAAAUGAAUGGCAAAAAUUUUCAGAGUAAUGGAACCCAUGGAAACGGCAUCCUCACCAAUGGGGUCCACGGUAACGGUGUUCAUACUAAUGGCAUCAAUGGCAAAGGUGUCCAUCAUGUCAGCUUGCGGAGCAGCAUUAACCCUGCCAAGCUGAAAGGGCACAUCAAGCGCUGGAACGUCCACUCCUCUGAGAUGUCCAAGAACACGCUGAACCCCAUCCGGGCCAUCGUGGAUGGGAUGAAGCUCACACCAAACCCGGAGAAGCCCAUGAUCGCCCUCUCUAUUGGGGAUCCCACUGUGUUUGGGAACUUGCCCACAGACGAGAAGGUUCUGCAGGCCAUGAAGGACGCCAUUGACUCACAGAAGUAUAAUGGAUACGCUCCAUCAGUGGGUUACCAAAAGAGCAGAGAGGCUGUGGCUAACUUCUACAGCCGACCUGGGGCCCCACUGGAGGCCAAGGAUGUGAUUCUGACCAGCGGGUGUAGCCAGGCCAUUGAGCUGGCCAUCAGUGUGCUCUGUAACCCAGGAGACAACAUUCUGGUUCCAUGCCCUGGAUUCUCCCUGUACAAGACACUGGCCAUAUCUCUCGGCAUAAAUGUCAAACUGUAUGACCUGCUGCCUGAGAGAUCAUGGGAGGCAGAUCUGCAGCAAAUGGAGAGUCUGAUUGACGACAAAACCAAAUGCCUGAUCGUCAACAAUCCCUCCAACCCAUGUGGAUCUGUCUUCAGCAAGGAGCAUCUGCAGAACAUCCUAUCAGUGGCUUCAAAGCACUGUAUACCCAUCCUGGCCGAUGAGAUUUAUGGAGACAUGGUGUUCCCAGGAUGCUCUUUCCACUCGCUGGCACCGUUGAGCCGGGACGUGCCCAUCCUGUCCUGCGGGGGGCUGGCCAAGCGCUGGCUGGUGCCCGGCUGGAGGAUGGGUUGGAUCCUCAUCCACGACCGCGGAGACGUCUUCGGCACAGACAUCCGUGAGGGUCUUGUUAAACUGAGCCAGAGGAUUCUGGGGGCCUGCACUGUGGUCCAGGGGGCACUAGAGAGCAUUCUGGACAACACACCAAAGGAGUUUUACAACAGAACCAUCAGCUUCAUCAAGUCAAACUCUGAGAUCUGCUACUCUGCGCUGUCAACCGUCCCUGGACUGACUCCUGUCAUGCCCGCUGGGGCCAUGUACCUCAUGGUGGGGAUUGAUAUGAAACACUUCCCAGACUUCCAGAACGACGUGGAGUUCACCGAGCGCCUGGUGACGGAGCAGUCUGUCUUCUGCCUGCCUGCCACGCCGUUCGAGUACCCGAACUUCUUCCGCAUUGUGGUGACGGUUCCUGAAGAGAUGAUGGUGGAGGCAUGCGACCGGAUCCGCGAGUUCUGCGCCCGCCACUACAGACCCCGCAGCCAAGAAAUCGACCAAUGAGAGUGCCGGACAGUGGGGGGGUGGGAGUGGGGGGUGGGGGUGGGGGAAGGUAGAGAGCUGGAUACUGUCAAGCACACAGAAAAAAGGGAUGGAGAAGAGAUGGAUAGAGAAGAGAGAGGGAGAAAUGAAGAGAAAGGGAAGAAUUAUAGAGACGGAGCUCAAUCUGAAAGGAUCGGAAGAGAGUGUGUGUGUGUGUUGCACUUCAGUAAGGUUUGAGAGAGUAUUGUUGUUUUCUCUUUGGAAACCCAAGAUUCUGUCCAGACCAUGUAUUUAUAAUUUUUUUGUACAGCCAGUGUGGGUCUGUCUUGUGUAAAGCCAUUUUCUGUUUUAUACUAUUUGUAAUUUUUGGCCAUGUUAUUGAAAAUAGAUUCAUUUAUUCCAUCCGUAAAAAAAAUUACACCAAUAGAUUUAAGGACAAUGUCUUAGUAUUUGACUCCAGAUGUUAGUUUAGGCACAUCUGUUUCUAUAUCUAGCAUUCAACAUUCAGUCUAUCAUAUUAACUAUGGGCUUUGCUUUGUAUAUUCUUUGUCUGGUAAUUUGAUGCAUGCUCUCCUUGAUAAUAGAUUUACAGUAUGUCAUGCCUGUACAUUUACCCUGACGUUAUCGUGAGUAUUUGUGUGUAGUUAUAGUUUUUCACUAUGGAAUGAGGAGGAAAAUAUUUAAAUACAUUAGAUUUGUGAAAGAUAGAAGUGUUUUACAAACAAUACAGUCAUUGUAUAUAAAUCUUUCCAUUUGAAUGUCUUGUUUAUUUUAUCAUGGUAUAAGUUCAAAAACGUAUGAACUUCAAACUUGCAUUAUGUUCUAUUAUCUCCUCUUAGAGAACAGGAUCUGAGUACAAAUAAAGAACAUUUCAGAGACA